CUAGAAUAUUACCAAAUAUUACGUCACGUUGUAAAUAUGGACGACGUGUAACUUAACUGGUGUUCGUUUACUAUUAACAACAAAUAAGUAGUCAACAUUACUGCUAUGAAAAUGAGUGACAGUAUGAAUAUCAAGUCAAAUUCGUCUCAGAAUGAGCCUGCUAUGAAGGGAUGGCUAUUUAAAUGGACAAAUUAUCUUAAAGGAUAUCAAAGAAGAUGGUUUGUACUGCAAAGUGGUCAUUUAUCCUAUUACAGGAAUCAAGCUGAAAUGGCUCACACUUGUCGUGGUAGCAUAUCCCUUCAUGGUGCCUUAAUAUACACAGUUGAUGCUUGUACUUUUGUUAUUUCAAACGGAGGAACUCAAACAUUUCACAUAAAGGCUGCUUCAGAGGUAGAAAGACAACAAUGGGUGACUGCAUUGGAAUUAGCAAAAGCCAAAGCUAUUAGAAGUAUGGAAUCCGAGGAAGACGAGGAAAUUGAUGACUCUGGUGAUUUUGAAGACUGGUCUGGUGUAGUUAGAAAAUUAGAAUCGCAAUUAAAUGAUUUACAAACGUGUGGUGAUGUAUUAGUUAAGCAUUGGAAGCAUUUAGCAAAAUCUUUGGGUGAAAUGGAAACGAAUUCUGACCAUGAAUUGUUACAAGGAAAGAAUAAAGAAGUUUGUGAAAGAGCUACUUUGUUCAGAAUUGCUUCCAAUGCGAUGGUCAACUCAUGUAAUGAUUAUUUAAAGUUCGCUCAAAACCAUGGUCAUAAGCUUAUAAGAGCCCUGCAACAUGAAAAGGAACAAAGAGGUCGCCUGCAAGAGAUGGUCGAAACUCUUGCUCAACAACAUUCUAAAUUAGAACGAGCAGCUAAUGCACAUUCACAACUUCCAGCAAUUGGUGCAAAUGAUAAUGAAGAUGAGGAUGAUAAUGAGUUUUAUGAUGCAUUAGCUGAGGAGGGUGGUACUUCAGGGCAAGUUACAGAUGGAGAUAAACAUUUUACUUUAAAUAUUAGAACUGGUACAGGACAUAGACGAAAUAGUUCAGAUAGUUCUAGUGAAACAGAGGAAACCCAGACAAAACAAGUGGUUGUAGUAACUGGUAAACACAACAACAUACGACGACCAGAAACACCUAGUGGUUCAUCUGCUAAUGCGUCUCCAAAAUCCAAUGGUGCAAAACGCCAACGGCGUACUCGGGUGCCGGACAAACCUAAUUAUCCCUUAAUUUGUGGAGUAUUAUGAAAAAUUGUAUAGGAAAGGACCUUUCAAAGAUACCUAUGCCUGUUAAUUUUAAUGAACCACUUUCUAUGAUGCAGCGCAUAACAGAAGACCUUGAAUAUGCUGAUGUUCUGGAUGUAGCUGCAAAAUGUACCGAUCCUUGUGAACAAUUGGCAUAUAUAGCUGCUUUUACAAUUUCUUCGUAUGCAUCCACAAGCAUUAGAACUGGUAAACCAUUUAAUCCAUUAUUAGGGGAAACAUAUGAAUUGGAUAGAACUGAUGACUUGGGUUGGCGUGUGAUUAAUGAACAAGUAUCACAUCAUCCUCCAAUGGUAGCACAAUAUUGCGAAGGCAGAUCUUGGGUAUGUUUUCAGGAAUUUACCAUGACAUCUAAGUUUAGAGGGAAAUAUUUGCAAAUUAUUCCAUUAGGAUAUGCACAAGUAGAAUUCAAAAAUGGAAACAAAUAUUCUUGGAGAAAAGUAACUACAACUAUACAUAAUAUUAUUGUAGGAAAAUUGUGGGUAGAUCAACACGGUGAUAUGGAAAUUGUGGGAAAAGGUCCUACGGAGGGCAUAAAAUGUGUACUAAAAUAUAUUCCUUAUUCCUAUUUUACUCGAGAUUCUCAAAGGCGAGUCAAAGGUGUGGUGAUGGACGCAGAAGGCAAUGUAAAAUGGAUCAUUAAUGGUACAUGGGACGAUCAAGUGGAGAUAGCACCAGUUACUGGUAAUACAGGUACCAAUGGAAAUGCUGUUUAUGAAACUGGUUCAUCAGUUGUUGCUUGGAAACGACGACCACCACCGCAGGACUCUGAAAAGUUUUACAAUUUUACACUUUUGGCUGCCCAGCUUAAUGAACCGGAAGAAGGUGUAGCUCCAACUGACUCCAGAUUGAGGCCUGAUCAGAGGUUAAUGGAAGAGGGCUUGUGGGAUGAAUCAAAUAAAGAGAAAAUUCGUCUGGAAGAGAAACAGAGAGCUUCCAGAAGACAGCGAGAGGCAGAAGCUGAAAAAGCUGCUGCCGAAGGCCGUCCAUAUCCCCCAUAUAAACCAUUAUGGUUUGAACAAAUGCGGGAAGAUGACUCGGACGUUAUUCAUCAUGUUUAUAAAGGAACCUACUGGGAAUGUAAAACUAAGCAAGACUGGUCACAGUGUCCUGAUAUAUUUUAGUAGAAGCUACAUUACUAUUUAAAUUUUGAACAGGUGUACUGCUGUUCCACAUGAAAUAUUUUUAGUAUAUACUUCUAUGGAAAUGUACAGGUAAUGGAUAUAAUCAAGUAUAAAGUUUUUUGUUAACAAGAUCUACUAAUUACUGAAUUAUGUAUUUUCAUGUAAAUAUACUUGUAUGGUUUUUGUAAAUAUUGAGAAUAAUUUAAACAAUCAUAAUAUUCAGGUUUACAGCUUUUUCUUAAUAUGUGAUAAUGUAAAUAUAUUUGCUUAUGCAAUU